CAAAAAUAGGCGCAAACCGUGCCGCGUUGGUUUGCAUCAUCAACAUGACAGUCACUUUCAAGCGUCACACGCUCAUCAGUCUUACGAUGCUUUGUAUCGAACGCAAGAAUUCACACCACUCGUGUCGCGUUGGGUGAGACAAUUCGUAUGAUGGUCGCCCCCCAUUCAAGCAGCUGUACGCAGCAUCAUACGAUCGCGAUGCUUUUUGUCGGACAUGGCGGCCGAGCGAAGGAAGUCGAACAACCGAUACCUGUGUCGAUCUCUUCGACCGCCCAGGCUGUGGAGGAACCUUCCUCGAAAGACGCUACUAGAGCGAUGCGACGAACAGGGUCUGCAACACCUUUCCCGAGUACAGUGCAUGUGAAUAUUUUGGCCGACGGGGCUGUCAUCUCCGAGCCAUUUUUUAGUAAGUGGUAUUGGAUUGAAUACUUCUUCUUGCAAGUGCUGACGCUCGACCAAACGUCACCAUUUGGGCAUCGGACGCAUGCGGCGGGGCAACAGUUGCCAGCAUGCAACAAGAGUGUCUCGAUGUCACAUAUCUGGAUGUGAACGACUACCCUCGAUAUGAGGCCAAACCGUAUGAGCUGUAUUUUCUGCAGGA